CGCCGUCAAUUGCUCAGAAUAUGCGAGGCAACAAUUUCAAUUUGAAGCACUUAAGCUGGCUUUAUCUGCUUGCCACAUGCUGCUUGUGGCAGGUGCAAGCCAUUGAAUGGACCGUGCCCGAUGCCAUUGGCUCGGUGCGUUCGAUGGCCAGCAGCAUUGUCGAUCCCAAGCUGCUGCCCACGCCCCAGGGCUUCUUCGAGAAUAGCAAAAAUCUUAUUGCCGGCUAUCCGUUUGAGUUCAUUUCGAACUCCAUCAAUACCAUAUGCUCUCAGGCUUUGAGUACGCGCAACAUCAAGUCCAAGUAUACGCCGGAGAUAAGUCAAAUGAGCUUCCAGCUGCGCACACCUUGCCACAGAUACAAUUUCCCUUUGCUGCAGGCGGAGGAGAUGUGGAAGAGUCCGCACUUUGAUCCACAGAAGAAGGUCGUCAUCUUGGCCACCGGCUGGACCACAAAUGUCAAUGAUACGGACACCAUUGAGGCAUUCGCCAAGGCCUACAAUUGUCGCGGCGACAUUAACUUUGUGGCUGUGGACGCGGCUAAAUUUGUGGACACGCUGUACACUUGGUCCGCCUUCAAUACGGAGGAGAUUGGCGAGAAUAUAGCGCACGGACUGGUCAAGCUGCUGGACUCUGUGCCCGUGGAGAAUAUUCAUAUGAUUGGACAUAGUCUGGGCGCGCAUAUUGUGGGCGCGGCUGGGCGCUAUCUGCAGCAAAUGACCGGCAAGGUGGUGCCGCGCAUAACGGGACUGGAUCCGGCCAAGCCGUGCUUCAACGAAGGCGAAGCGCUCAGCGGAUUGAUGCGCGGCGAUGCGCUGUUCGUUGAUGUCAUCCAUAGCAACUCCGGCGUGCUGGGCAAGCGUGAUCCGCUGGGCGAUGUCGAUUUCUAUCCCGGUGGCACCAAUCCUCUGCCCACGGGCUGUCUGACUGUUGUCUGUGCACAUGCGCGCAGCUGGGAAUACUAUGCCGAGUCCAUUUAUCCGGGCAAUGAGAACAAUUUCAUGGCCGUGCGCUGCAGCUCGAUACAGAAUCUGCGCGAGAGCAAGUGCGUCACCAAUGAGUCGCCCAUGGGCUAUGCUGCGCCCAAUACGCUUAAGGGCAACUAUUUCCUCGAAGUCAAUGGCAAUGCGCCCUUUGGUCGCCGGUCCCGCCAAGUGCGCCAGAGCCAAGACAGCUGCGGUCUCUGUCCCCAAACUGGAUAAGCGCGCGUAUGCAAAC